AUGGAUGAUGGCGAAGCCCGCGAUGCGGAAUUCGCAGCAGCAGUUGACGGCUUAUCCAAUCGACCACGUUCCGGCAGCACGAACAGCGGCUACAAACGCAGCAACUCAGGAUUCCUCCUUUCGAGGCUCUCUUUCUUACGUCCAGGUCAAGCCACACAGUCCAAGAGAGGUACUCCAGCCAUGGAAUUAGAGAGGGAUACCGAGGAUGUCCCAUCCAAAAUGCCCCAAAUUACCAGCGAAUCGUCGGAACGCGGCAAGGCCAUGGCAGCCGUGAUUCAGCAACAACGGAGGACAAGACGACGGAGGGGCUCUUUAAGGAAGACGGCACUCCUGGGUACAAGGUUGGAGGUGCGCGAUAAAAAGGCGCUCAGUAAGAAUGCGGAGGCCAUCCGUGCCGAGACGCCCCGGUUCCAGGGUGACGAUGCGGUGUUGUCUACGUCGCGCUCUCCAAAAGAUACGAUGGUGUCAACUUCUCCGCCAACCAAUAAUUUCCCUAUCCGAGGAUCCUCAUCUUUUGACGAUGAUGCUGAAGAGAAUACUCAACCUUCCUGGUUCCGUGCUAGCCCUACGCUGAAAAACUCGCGCCCGACUGUUGCGCGGAGACGCCAGGGUCUCGUGCAGCAUGCCAACAACAAUAAAAAGAAUACGCUCCAUGGAGAAGAAACCGCGACCGAUGACGAGGAACUGGUUUCUUUCCCACGAAUCAAUACCGCAAAUAAUGCUUCUGUCGGACCUGGCGCUACGAAUCCAUCAACGAAAUCCGCUACUUCUACUGCCUUACAUAUAGCCACUCCUUCCUCCAGCUCCGAUUCCUACUAUCCCCUCCAACCAGACGCUACGUACCGACCUAUCCACCGCGCCAAAUCCUCACCCUUGGCUACAAAUCCAGUGGAGAUGAAAAACAACGCAGAUAUAACGUGGGAUUACUCAGAAACAGAAUGGUGGGGCUGGAUCAUCUUGAUGGUGACCUGGCUGGUGUUCGUCGUGGGGAUAGGCAGCUGCUUUGAGGUCUGGAGUUGGGCUUGGGAUGUUGGAGAAACGCCCUAUGCACCACCAGAACUGGAGGAUGAUCCUACACUCCCAAUUGUGGGAUAUUAUCCUGCGCUGAUUAUUCUCACGGCGGUUAUGUCGUGGGUUUGGGUUGUUGUCGCUUGGGUUGGCAUGAAAUAUUUCAAACAUGCGAAUAUCUCCGGGGACGAUAGUUGA